AUGCUGGACCUCUUUGUGAUCCUGUCCAAGACGGGAUGUAUCCUGUGGUCCAAAGCCUUUACGCCGUCGGCAUCCAAUAGCGAUAUCGUGAACCGUGUCGUGCGCACGACUUUCCUUGAGGAGCGCACGGCGCAGGCACGUGUCGAUAUCGACGGAUGCACGGUGCGGUGGACGCUGUCCAACCCCCUUGAGCUGACGUUUAUUGCGGUCUAUCAGCGCAUUCUGCAGCUGACGUACGUCGAGACGCUCCUCGAGUCGGUUCAGGCGGCCUUUACCGAGCGCUACGCGACGCUGCUCAAGACGCUUCCGAGCGCCACGACGCCCGCCGAUGUCCUCAGCGAGUACAACAAGAGCAUGCCAGAGUGGUCGAAGCAGUUUGCACAGAUCCUGCGCCGCGCCGAGCACGGCGCGCCGAAGCGCACUGCGCUCGAGGAAAAGGCGGCAAACGUCCCGGCGGAGGCGAAAGCCGCGCCUGCGAGCACGCCUGCCGCCCGCGAGGCGCCGCGUCUGGGCGACAAGGCUGUCGCCGGGCCUGGCGGGCGCCGCAUCGUGUCCAAGUCGAAGAAAAAAGGCGCGGCGGCUGCCGAGCCCGAGCCCGAGCCCGAGCCUGCCAAGAAGCCCGGCAAGGAGCGCCGCAAGUGGGACGCGAACGGCCAGGCGAUUGCCGAGACCGACGUUGCGAACCUCGACUUUAGCGGCACCGGCGCUGCAGCCGACGAGUCGGUCGACCUGAGCCAAUGGAUCGACGAGUCCAAGCUUGGGCACACGACCAAGGACGGCCUGUACGAGCUCGCGGACGACGACAAUGCGCCUGUCCCUGACGACGAGGACGAGAGCGCGUCGACGGGCUUUUUGUCGAAUCUGCGCAAAGGCAGCUCGACCGGCUUCUUUUCCCGUAUGCUCGGCGGCAAAGAGGCGCUGACCGAGGCGGACCUUGCGCCGGUCCUGCACGCAAUGCAGAUGCACCUGCAAUCCAAGAACGUCGCAAACGACGUCGCAGAGAUGAUCUGCGACGGUGUCAAGCGCCGCCUGGUCGGCAAGCGCCUCGCGACCUUUGGCAGCAUCAAGGCCGAGGUGCGCAAGUCGCUCGACGAGUCGAUUACGCGCAUCCUCACCCCACGCACGUCUACCGAUAUUCUUCUCGAGAUUGCGAGCAAGAAGCAGCGGCGCUCGGAGCUCCUGAGCACGAUGCCGAACGCGGCGCGCAACAGCCGCGGCACAAACGUGUCGCCUGCGCUGAACCCCUAUGCGAUGUGCUUUGUGGGUGUGAAUGGUGUAGGAAAGUCGACCAAUCUCGCCAAGGUGUGCUUCUGGCUGCUGCAGAACCGCUACCGGGUGCUGAUUGCAGCGUGCGACACCUUUCGCAGCGGUGCCGUGGAGCAGCUGCGCACGCACGUCCGCAACCUUGGCCAGCUCGAGAUCGACGGCCGCGCCGUGUCGGAGGGCCUGCCGAGUGGCGAGGCGCUCCUCGAGCUGUACGAGCGCGGCUACGGCAAGGACGCGGCGGGCAUCGCAAAGGAUGCGCUUGCCUACGCCCGCCAAGGCGGCUUCGACGUCGUGCUCAUCGACACGGCCGGGCGUAUGCAGGAUAAUGAGCCGCUGAUGCGUGCACUUGCGAAGCUCAUUGCCGUGAACCAGCCCGACAAGGUGCUGUUUGUCGGCGAAGCGCUCGUCGGCAACGAGGCGGUGGACCAGCUGACCAAGUUCAACCGCGCGGUGAAGGACUACAGCGGGGUGUCGAACCCCCGCGGCCUGGACGGGUGCCUCUUGACCAAGUGGGACACGGUCGACGACAAGGUCGGCACUGCGCUCACGUCGACCUGGGCGACGGGCCUGCCCAUCUUCUUUGUCGGCACCGGGCAGACCUAUACCGAUUUGCGGCAGCUGCGUGUGCACCAUGUCGUCAAUGCGCUGCUGCGCGAAUAG